AUGGCUUCCAGCAAUUUGGCAACAAUGGUUUUACCACUUCUUGUUCUAACUAUAAUGUCAUCAACAAGUCACACAACGGUUGUCGGGGCACGCAAUCUGCUAGAAUCAGUACCAGAAGUGCCACAACUUCCGAAACCUGAGUUGCCACCUCUUCCAGAAGUCCCUGAAUUACCAAAGCAAGAGUUGCCUAAGAUACCAGAAUUGCCAAAACCAGAGCUACCUGAACUGCCAAAGCCUGAACUACCUAAGGUCCCCGAAUUGCCAAAGCCUGAGAUGCCUAAAGUUCCAGAAGUUCCUAAGCCAGAGCUACCUGAAGUGCCUAAACUCCCAGAAUUGCCAAAACCUGAACUACCCAAAUUCAAAGUGCCACAACUUCCGAAACCUGAGUUGCCACCUCUUCCAGAAGUCCCUGAAUUACCAAAGCAAGAGUUGCCUAUGAUACCAGAAUUGCCAAAACCAGAGCUACCUGAACUGCCAAAGCCUGAACUCCCUAAAGUCCCAGAAAUUCCUAAGGUUCCCGAAUUGCCAAAGCCUGAGAUGCCUAAAGUUCCAGAAGUUCCUAAGCCAGAGCUACCUGAAGUGCCUAAACUCCCAGAAUUGCCAAAACCUGAGCUACCAAAAAUACCUGAGAUGCCUAGUGUCCCAGAAUUCCCUAAAGUCCCUGAAUUUCCCAAAGCAUUUCCAACCACCAAUCCUUGA